AGAGAGACUACAGCAUUCAAUCCAGCGUCACUUGAAUUAAACCACCUAAAAUGGAGCACCUUUGCAAAAUAUUCUUGUUUGCUACUUUUCUUGUGGGAUCAUAUGGGAACCCAUUAGCAAUGGACAUGGAAGAUCCGGUUCCGUAUGCUCCCUGGCAGGCUUCCCUCAGGUCCUACGGGGACAUGACGCAUUUCUGUAGCGGCGCAAUCAUUUCUAGUCGAUGGAUUCUGACGACAGCCAACUGUGUGAACGGUCGCACGAUUAGCAACACAAAAAUAGUAGUAGAGAAGCAAACCAUCAAACCAGCUGGUCCGAUGUACGACAUUGCUGAAUUCUUUCUGAACCCCGAUUUUGACCCAAUUUUCUACGAAAACAACUUGGCACUCAUUCGCAUGGAAACCGAUAUCGUGUUCAAUGGAGAUGUCUAUGCAGUUGAUCUACCCAGUAGCGAUCCACCUGCCGGGGAACUGGUCGUCCUCACUGGAUGGCGUUCGGAUGAAGAAAUUUUCACCCCCAACGACAUGCAAAUGGCUCGCAAAGAGACGCUUAGCAAUGAGCAGUGCGCUGAGAUACACCGAAAUGGCGAUUCCCAUGUCCACAUUUAUCCGACCAGUGUUUGUGCUAGACCUCGGAUGAUGAAUUGUUACUGUAUUGUUGAUGCUGGAGCACCGUUGGUAUCCGAGGAUGGACGAUUGAUUGGUCUGUUCUCAAUUACGGCCGGAUGUGGAAGGAUGUUGCCGGCCGUUUACAUGCGAGUUAACAGCUACCGGGACUGGAUCCGUACUGUUUCGGGUGUAUAAAAAGUAUUCAGUUUUUUUAAAACACCAAGACCUAAUGCCACUUUUACCUUAAGUUUAAAUAAAAUACUAUCGCAGACUAA